AUGAGUGACUUUAGGGAACCAAGCGUGCAGCAGCUGGACCUGGAAGAAGGUCUGAAAACCAGUGGAUUCAGGCUUUUUCCAAGAGACUUUCAAUUCCAGCAGACUUAUGGCCACAAGAGCGCCUCAGGGUGUCUUGGUCAUGGCCCCCUGGUGCGGCAACUCCUCUCCUUCACACUCUUGGCUGGGCUCCUGGUGGCCAUCCUUGUCCAAGUGUCCAAGGUCCCCGGCUGCAUAAGUCAGGGACAAACCAAGCAAGAGGAGAUCUACCAGGAACUGACCCAGCUGAAGGCCACAGUGGGUGAGCUCCCAGAGCAAUCCACGCAACAGGAGGUCUACCAGGAGCUGACCCGGCUGAAGGCCACAGUGGGUGAGCUCCUAGAGAAAUCCAAGCAGCAGGAAAUCUACCAGGAGCUGACCCAACUGAAGGCUGCCGUGGAUGAGUUGCCAGAGCGGUCCAAGCAGCAGGAAAUCUACCAGGAGCUGACACAGCUGAAGGCUGCAGUAAGUGAGUUGCCAGACAGGUCCAAGCAACAGGAGAUCUACCAGGAACUGUCACAGCUGAAGGCUGCAGUGGGUAAGCUCCCAGAGAAAUCUAAGCAGCAGGAAAUCUACCAGGAGCUGACCCAACUGAAGGCUGCAGUGGGUGAGUUGCCGGAGCGGUCCAAGCAACAGGAAAUCUACCAGGAGCUGACACGGCUGAAGGCUGCAGUAAGUGAGUUGCCAGACAGAUCCAAGCAACAGGAGAUCUACCAGGAACUGUCGCAGCUGAAGGCUGCAGUGGGUAAGCUCCCAGAGAAAUCCAAGCAACAAGAGAUGUACCAGAAGCUGACUGAGUUGAAGGCUGCGGUGGGUAAGCUCCCAGAGAAAUCCAAACAACAAGAGAUCUACCAGGAGCUGACCCAGCUGAAGGCUGCGGUGGAACGCCUGUGUCACCCCUGUCCCCGGGAAUGGACAUUCUUCCAAGGAAACUGUUACUUCAUGUCUAACUCCCAGCGCAACUGGCACGACUCCGUCACCGCCUGCCGGGAAGUGGGGGCCCAGCUCGUCGUAAUCAAAAGUGAUGAGGAGCAGAACUUCCUACAGCUGCAGUCUUCCAGAAGGAACCGCUUGACCUGGAUUGGACUUUCAGACCUAAAGCAGGAAGGCACAUGGCAGUGGGUGGAUGGCUCACCUCUGUCACCCAGCCUCAGGCGGUAUUGGAACCAAGGAGAGCCCAACAAUAUCGGGGAGGAAGACUGUGUGGAAUUUAAGGGCAACGGCUGGAACGACGAGAGAUGUAGUGCCGCCAAAUUCUGGAUCUGCAAAAAGUCUGCAGCCUCCUGCUCCAGGGAUUAAGAAAGGCUUCUCUCCUGACCCCCUACCACCUCAAACCCCCAUGCUGGGUAGCAGAAUUCGCCCAGCUCUCUGGGGGGAAAAGUCCUGAUGUGUUGUGUUUGCCCAUUACCCUGGUGUAAAUAUUCCCUCUGUGGCUGAUUUCAGACAUUAAUGUGAUGUCACUCAGUGCAGAGCUGAAAGAUGUGUGUGACCAGCAAUUAGGAAGUGGCUGGAUCUGGCUCCAAUACAUUAAGCCCAGUUACGAGUAAAUUUGGGUGGACAUGCACUUUGAAGCUACAGUUCCUUCUCUCCAUCCUUGGACCUUCACAAAAUCUCUGGGACUGUUCUCUGUCAGAUUCAUCCUCCUUUAGAAGGCUGUGUCCCAUUCUGUCCUUCUUGUCAUGCUUCCAGUCUCCCCUGGUGUACGCUUGUUUUUCUGGCCCAUCCCUGGAGCUUUACGAAUGAGCUGUUGUGGGAUGCCUUUGGGGGGUGUGCUUGUGUUCCAUGAAUCUGCUCUCUCUUCCUUUCAGAGAUAAGAAUGGGUUGCCAUGUGUCGUUUCUGUGUCCCCUGGGGUAUUAUCUCAUACACACAACCUACCCUCUGUUCAACUUUCACCUACCACCUCCUGCGCCCUUUUGGCUGGGACUUACUGGUUGCAAAUGCUCAUUAUACAGGCUGGAAACACAAGGGAAUUAAUUCCCCAUCACCAAUGGCACCCCAAGAGGGCAUGGAGGCUCCAUGCAAUCCCUUCCACCUCCCACACCUUCUUUUGUCCUAUA